ACCAAGGCCCCCCCGAAGCUGGCGCCCCAGAACAGCGCGGCCAUCAGGGGCCCGCACAACGGCGCGGGCGAAUUCUGGAUGCUCGGCUUCGCCAGCGAAGCGGUGCAGAGCUCCGCGGGGACGGGGCGAGAAUGCAGCCGCAAGGCCGAGGGGCUCGGCAAAGGCUACAAGUCAGGGCGACCGCGCGGACGCGCAGCCGCCAGCUCCGUGGACGGUCUGGCUACGGAGAUGACGAACGACGCGGACCUGCCAGAGACGCAGCGGGGCAUCAAGGUGACAACGGAGAUACUCAAGGAGCGCAAGGUGCAGGCGACGCACCAGCGCGACGCGGCGAUGGACGACCGCGAGCGCCGGGCCAAAGUGACAUUCGCGGCAAACACCAGCCCCUGCAUCAGAGCGGCCCUCUUCAAGGGCAACAUCGAGGAAAUGCGGCA